UGGAGAUCACCCAACAAUAUCACAAGUAAACACACUUGUACUUGUAAACACACUCUUGUAAAUCUUCUUGUAAUCAAUACAAAGUUGUUUCUUUGUAUACACAACUUGCAACUAUCACUUGAAUCACUCAAAACACUACAUCGUUGGGGCACAUAGCUUAACUUAGAUCAAGUCUAAGUUGCUACACGUGAGUUAAAAGUUUACUCCGUGACAAGUGGUAUCAGAGAGGGACGAUUCAUUAGGGAUGGCAUCCGAAACAAAAGGCGAUGAAAGACGCACAACUAAGAAAGAACGAGAGGCAACAUACGACAAACGCAUUGGUGACACCGCGGUGGCGGUCACUGAAUUGGGUGCACAACUUGACCUUGCAUUCCAAUGAGUACAGGCGUUGGAAACUGAUUUCGAAACUUUCAAAGACGACGUCAAGUCUCUCAUGGGAGUUUGGCGUCACGAGCUUACGACAUUGUUCAAGGAAGAAAUAUCGAAGCUGCGAAACGAGGUGGAGAAUAGUAUUCGAGAUUGUCACCACAACUUUUUGGACCUAGAAGCAAAAGUGAAGGAAAAUAAACAAGUAGUUGUGCAUUCAGCCAACACCGAUCUCUUCACCCCUAGGGUCGAGAUCCCAAAACCAUCUCCAUUCCUUGGCAAAAGAGAAGCACGAGCGGUUGACGACUUCGUAUGGGGGAUGGAACAAUACUUGGGUGGAGUGCAAAUCAGGGAUGAUGCCACCAAAAUCAAAACGGCCAGCAUGUACCUAAAAGACACGGUAGGACUAUGGUGGAGACGUCGAUACACGGACAUCGCCAAAGGUACGUGCACUAUUAACACUUGGGCUGAAUUUGUCCAAGAACUAAAGAAACAAUUUUACCCGGUCAAUGCUGAGCACGAAGCUAGGAGCAAACUGAGGAAGCUCAAGCAUACCGGAACUCUCAAGGACUAUGUCAAAGAAUUCACAACACUUGUCCUUGAAAUCCCCGAUCUGUCGGAAAAGGAUUCCCUUUUCUACUUCCUCGAUGGGUUACAAUAUUGGGCUAGAACAGAAUUGGAUCGUCGCAACGUUCAAGAUUUAGCUACUGCCAUCACCGUAGCUGAAAGCUUGAUCGAUCUUAAGGAAAAACGCCCAACUAAACCCGUUGUCGAAGAACCUGAUGACGACAUAGGUGGGGGAGCAAAACCAAGUUACACUCGAAGGACGGAAGGUUCAAAACCCCCCAAGAUAUAACAACAACCCCGCAAGGAGAGGAUGCUUCAUUUGCGAAGGGCUGCAUGAUGCACGCGAUUGUCCAAAUAAGUCUAAGUUAACAGCCCUCAUUAGGACCGAAGAGGAUGAAGCCGAGGGUAGCGAGGAGGCUCGUCUAGGAGCAAUGCAACUCCAAGUCCUCAAUGCUUUAAGUCUAACCCAAAGGAAGCCGUUAAAAAUGGUUCAUGACCCCUCGAGAAAAGGCAAGGUUAGUCAUUCAAAUGGAGAGCCAAAAGGUCUUCGGUUUGUAUAUCUUGAGAUUAACGGAGAAUAAGCAAAAGCCUUAAUCGAUACUGGAGCCAGUCACAAUUUUAUUACCCGGGACGAGGCCAAAAGACUUGGUUUGCGGAUCACUACCAAAGAAGGACUAAUGAUGAAGGCUGUUGGAGGGGAACCUAAGUCAAUCGAAGGCGUAACCUAUGACACCAAAGCCAAGAUCGGGACAUGGAAGGGCAAAAUUACUUUCUCAGUCAUUCCCAUGGACGACUACAAAAUUGUGCUCGGGUUGGCAUUCUUCGAUAGGUCCAACGCCAUCCCCGAUGCAUUCCUCAAUACCUUGUACCUCAUCAAGGACAAGGAGGUUCACACGGCACCCAUGGAGACGGAUACAAGGCACCGAGGCAAAACCUUAUCCACCAUGCAGAUCGUGAGAACAAAGCAACAACCACGUAAGCAACACGACGAGGGCGUCGUAAAUUUAGGUGGGGGAGAAUGUCACGAUCCGCCUAAAUACAGAAUUUUAAAGCCUCUAUCAAGAGAGGCUGUCUUUGGUGUCUUUUCAAAAGUAGAGGAUAAUGGAAGAUAUCUUGAUAUUUACGAACUCUACUGCAUGUUUGAGCACACAGUGUAUGGCCGUGAACUCAUACAGAGGGGAAAGCCUAUGAUUUUCCGGAAGUACAUCCGUAGCUUCCCAGGACUCCAUCUAUUUGAAGAGAGGCACAAACGAAACAGGAUGUACAAAAGGUAUAUGAAGAAUAUGCUACAAUACUUGACAUCUUUUUUGACACGGGCAAUGCCCAUGAUUGAAGUGGAUGAGCAAAUGGAAUGUGGAAGGAGAGGCCACAACAUACCAUUGCAAGAGGCCCAAAUUAACGGCAUGUGUCGAUUUCUUGAUGGGUUCUUCGAGCGACCGAGGAAAAAUACGCCUAGCUGGACAGAACAUGAGAACCAGGGAAGGAUCACCAUAUAUAUAUAUUUUUUUUUGAUUCUGUUCAUAAAUAGAUUUACAACUUGAGGUUAGCCCACAUCUUGUUUUGAUCCUUAAUUGUGAAUUCCCACAUAUGUCUUGGAAGCACAGAAGACAGUUUGUUUUUUGGAAUUGGAAUAGGUUAUGAUUGUUUUUUCUCCUUA